AUGCACCCGGGCGCGCUCGCGCCGCCGCCGGACGAGGACUGCCUCUUCGUCAACGCGUACCGGCCCGCGCGGCCCUCGCCGGCGGGGAAGCGGCCCGUCAUGGUCUGGGUCCACGGCGGCGGCUUCUGCUCCGGCGCGGGCGCGACGGGCUGGUCCGAGGGGUCGCGCCUCGCGGACCGCGAGGACGCGGUCGUGCUGACGCUGAACUACCGCCUCGGGCCCCUGGGCUUCGCCAGCGACGGCGCCGAGGGCGGCGCGCUGGGGCUCUGGGACGUCAUCACGGCGCUGGAGUUCGCGCGCGCGGCGCUGAUCGAGCCGCUGGGCGGCGAUGUCGACGCGGUGACGCUCUUCGGCGAAUCUUCCGGCGGCGUCGCCGUCUGCGCUUUAUCCGCGUCGCCGGCGGCCGCGGGGCUCUUCUCCCGGGCCAUCAUCCAGUCGGGCCCCUGCGUCGUCGACGCGCCCAAGGGCUGGGGCCCCGGCGACCCGGCCCUCGGCGUCGCGGCGACGCGCCGGGUCCUGGGGCUGCUCAGCGUCGCGUCCCUGGACGAGGCGCGAUCGCUCGACGCGUCGUCGCUCCAGUGGGCGCCCGUGGACAUGGCGGACCCGAACUUCCCCGGCUGGUGGCUCGACGCCACCUUCUUCCCCGGCCUGAAGCCGCCGGCGGCGUACUACCUCGCGGACCCGCCGAAGACGCACGUCCGGGACUUCAUCAUCGGCACGACGUCCAAGGACGGCACGGCGGCGUUCUACGGGCGCGCGCCCCUGGACAACGUCACCGGGAGCGACGUCUACCUCCGCCACCUCGAGCGCGCGUGGGGGUCCGCCGUCGCGCCGCGCGUCGCCGCGCACUACGCGCUCGACAACUUCGGCGGCGACGUCGCCGCGGCGUUCAUCCAGGCCGACGCGGACCACUUCCUCCACUGCCCGUCGCUGGCCAUGGCGCGGAGCCUGAACCGCGAGGCGGACCGCGCGAGCGGCCGCUGGGCGCGGCGCGCGCGGCGCUGGUGGGCCUGGUGGGCCGCGUCCGCGGGCGCCUGGGACCCGCGGCGGCUCGCGGCGGGCGCCGGCGGCGACGCGCGCCUUCCAGCGAACUGCGACGCGGCCGUCGACCUCGCCGUCGAGGCGGCGCGGCCGCGCGACACGCCGCUCGACGACCCGCUGCCCUUCGCGUGCCACGGCGCCGACGUCCAGUUCACCUUCGGCAACGAGGCGGGGCCCGACGGCCUGUCGUCGGACUCGCCGACGCCGCGCCACGACUGCCCCUACUCGCAAAGCGGCCGCCGGCUCUCGGACGCGGUCCUCGACUACUGGGGGUCCUUCGCGCGCGGCGGCCGGCCCGUCCGCGAGGGCGACGCCGACGGCGGCUGGAGACCGGGCGGCGGCGUGCGCAAACUCGCGUCCGACGACGACGGCGGCAUCGCGACGGUGGACCGCUUCCGCGCCGCGGACUGCGCGUUCUGGGCCUCCGUCGACGACGAGGUGGCCGCCGCGCUCGCCGUCAACUGGCGCCAGCGCGCCUGGUAA